AUGGGUUCCGAUUCCGAAUCCGUUGACAAAACCCUGUUGGACCUCACGGGAACUCCGUGUGGGAUCUGUGGUCCAUCAACAUGCGACGAGAAGAUGGUCGGUUGUGAUGGAUGUUCCGCGUGGUUCCACAUACGCUGCGUGGGACUACCGGAAGAAAAACUACCGAGGAUGUGGUACUGCCAAAAUGAAGCCUGUAGGCAGAAGGCUCAGGAGUACCAGAAGCAGAAGGACGCCAAAAAGUCGGUCCGUUCCAGGAAGCAAGUGGACGAGUCCGACAAAUACAGCACGACUUCCCGCACCGGGACGUCUAGCGUAGAUGCGAAAGUGCGAGCGCUGGAACAACGUCAAAAGCGGCAAAUGGGGGAGUUGGAGGCGGAAAUGGAGCUGAGAAGGAAGGAGAAGGAGAUACAGCGCGCAUACGACAGGAAGAAGAUGGAGGAGAAGAUGCGUGCUGAAGAAGAAGAGAAGCGGAUGGCCUGGCAAGCUGAGAUGCUGCGAAAGAAGAAGGAGCAGAUCCAGCGGAUGGAGGCGAGGCAGAAGUCGUUCGAGAUGGAAAUGGCGGCCAUGGAUGAAAGGUUGGCGGAGCUUUCGGGUAGUCCGGCGUCGAAUGAGUUGAAGUCGAAGAUCGUAGCUAGCGGAUUACGGGCGGGUCCUUCCGGCAAUACUAAUAGGAAAGUGUUGGAGCUGACAAAGGAAAACGUCAAACGGCUAGAGGAGGACGACGACGAUAGCGACGAGGAUGACGAGGACGCCGACGAAAGUGAAAGCAGCGAAGAAGAAAAUGGUAAAUACGAUGAGUUCGAUGGAGGUAAGCGGCUGAAUAAACGAGCCAUCAUCGCCACAAAAAAAGUGUGCUGCUUCAGAAAUUUUGGAUUCACUUUGGGAACAAAUACCGUUGAGGAUGUUGAUGGCGGAUCUGGCGAAAAGGAGAAUCCUUUCACCAGACGAAGUGGCCUUAAUAGGUCACCCAAAGAUCGCCGGGGGAAGGCGACGGGGAGGCUCAUGGUGGGUCUGAGGAUGUGCCGGUUGAUGUAA